AUGCAAUCAAUGAGACGACUGAAGUUCUUUUUGCCAUAUUGUAUCAUAACAUUGGGGAGUGCGUUUCCUUUUGGAUAUCACAGUGGAGUGAUAAAUGCACCUGCUGACCUGAUCAAAAGCUUCAUAAAUGCUACUCUGGUUGCUAGGUCAGUCACAUGUGAUGAACGUUGCAUCGACUUGAUAUGGUCACUCUGUGUUACGUCCUUCCUCCUUGGGGGAUUUUUUGGAGGCUUGAUUGGUGGCGUUUUGGCUAACAAGUUGGGCCGGAAAAAAUCACUAUUUCUGCUUUCUAUCCCAACUGUAAUUGGGUCACUCCUGAUGAUGUUUUCGAAAAUGGCACAAUCUUUCGAAAUGAUUAUUGUUGGGAGAUUUACAAUUGGGAUAGCUUGUGGCGCUCAUACAGUCGUUGGGCCUAUGUUUUUGUCAGAAAUAGCUCCUGUCAAUUUCCGUGGAGCUGCGGGAACUUUCAAUCAGUUUGUGCUUGUUUUCGCUAUAUUGUUGUCACAAGUGCUUGGUCUGCCUGAAGUGAUGGGGACAACUGAAUUAUGGCCAUAUCUACUUGCUUUAUGUACCGUUUCCAGUGUCAUACAUAUUUUACUUCUGUCCACUUGUCCUGAAAGUCCUACUUACUUAUAUAUUAUUAAAGGUGAUCGUCGAAGGUCAGAAAAUGCAUUGGUUUACCUUCGAGGGCAAGAUUGCGAUGUACAUACUGAAUUAGAACUACUAAAAAUGGAGACACAACAGUCAUCUACACAUAAAUCAAAUUUUUUCGACCUACUACGUAUUCCAUACUUGCGAUGGGGACUGAUUGUAGCUUUGGUACUACAUAUUGGCCAACAGUUUUCCGGUAUAAAUGGAAUUCUUUACUACUUCGUAAGUUUAUUCAUAUCGAAUGGGUUAACAAAACAAGUUGCAAGCUAUGCGAAUCUUGGUACUGGAGUUACUAUUCUAAUUGGUUCUUUGGCAUCCAUAUUUAUUAUCGAUCGGAAAGGCAGACGUCCUUUAUUAAUGUUUGGAAUAUCAGCUUGCCUUUUUAGCCUCUUACUAUUCACUUUAACUUUGGUUAUUAAACGAGUGACUGAAAUCAAUAAACUCACAAUUCUAUCUAUUGUAUUGACAUAUACGUUUCUAUUUGGAUUUUCAGUGAGUUUAGGUUCUAUUCCAUGGUUUUUGGUUUCUGAAUUGUUUACGCAAGAAAAUCGUGAUGCUGCUGUCUCUAUUGCUGCAGCAACCAACUGGUUAUGCAAUGCUAUUGUAGCAUUAAUAUUCCCACAGUUGGUUAUCUAUAUUAGUAUUUAUGCUUUUAUACCGUUUAUAUGUGUAUUGUUGGCUGUAUUAAUAUUUGUCGGAUUGUAUCUACCUGAAACGAAAGGGAAAACGCCAGCUUCCAUCGAAGCUUACUUUAUGCGUCUUUAUGGUUUCCGUGGGACAGAAGUACAUGAAAAUCCAACAUUUGCAGAUAUAAUAGAUGAUACAACACAAGCUUAG